GCGGCGCUACGGAUUUUUGAUGAGUCGUCUCGUCCCCUGUCAUAUUAUUAUCACCACAUCCGCUGAAGGCGACGUUUACUGUUAUUUUCUAUAUUUAAAGUAUCGAAACAUAUCGGAAAUAGUUUAGAAAGUGUUCAACGCAAGUAUUGGAAUAGUGAAGAUGGCAGUGAACGUGUAUUCAACGAAUGUGACUUCUGAGAAUUUGUCCCGACAUGAUAUGUUGGCGUGGGUGAACGACUGCCUGCAGUCGAACUUCGCGAAGAUUGAGGAACUGUGCACAGGCGCCGCUUACUGUCAGUUCAUGGACAUGUUGUUCCCGAACAGUGUGCCCAUGAAAAGAAUUAAGUUCAAAACAAACCUAGAACAUGAAUACAUACAAAACUUCAAAAUACUACAAGCUGGUUUCAAAAAAAUGGGAGUUGAUAAGGUAAUACCAGUGGACAAGCUGAUAAAAGGAAGGUUCCAAGACAAUUUUGAGUUCUUACAAUGGUUUAAAAAGUUUUUUGAUGCCAAUUAUGACGGGAGGGAGUAUGACGCAUUUGAGGCCCGUGGUGGCAUCACCAUCGGGUCGGGGGCAUGUGAAUCUGGAGUGCCUUUGUGUGGUGCAGUUCAGGCGCCACCGCCGCCCAGGGCCGCCGCGCGCCGCCCUGCGCCCAUGCACCACUCCGGCAUUGGCAAAGCAAACAGCACAGUGAGGUCUCCUCCAGUUAACUUAUCUAGGAUAAAUCAAAGUGCUAAGGGGGACUCCAAAGUUAUUGACGAGUUAAAUCAUCAGAUAAAUGAAUUGAAAGCAACAGUUGAUGGCCUCGAGAAAGAAAGGGACUUCUACUUUGGCAAGCUCCGGGAUAUAGAGGUGAUCUGUCAAGAGAUGGAAGAACAGCAAAAUGCUCCAAUUGUGCAGAAGAUUUUGGAUAUUUUAUAUGCAACUGAGGACGGAUUCGCGCCUCCAGAGGAAAUAGACGGCGACAACCCACACCCGCCCGAAGAAGACGAAUAUUGAAAUAUCAAUGUAUCUACGCGUAUCAUAGUGCUCUUUGUAUAUUACAUAUAUCAAAUCGAAAUUAUCUCGCUUUACAAUCAUCGACAGUAUCGAGUGCUUAGUAUUUCACAGCCAAUGAGUCGUAAUUGAAUCAUGUAGGUUAAAUGUUUGGAAACAGUGGCCCUAAAAUGGCUUAACAUAGCUCAAGUUCACUUAAUACCUACACACUAGAUGUAAAUGUAUAAUAAAUAUGUUACAGUAUACUAACGAGGCUUGUACAUUAUUACUGCUACUUGUUGUACAAAUGCAAUAUAUUUUAGGCAAUAUUCCUUGAGAUUAGUUCAAUAAAUAAUAUUUAACACUUGUUUGUGUGUGUUGUCCUAUUAAAUAUUAUUGUGUGGAUUUAUAUUUACUGUCUCGCAUCAUUAUCAUAAAGUGCAUGCUGUCAUGUACACGCUCUGUAAUUCAUUAUUAUACAUGUUCACGUGGCUGUGUCAUAUCUAAGUGCAUUCCUUGACUUUGUUUCUUGACAGAAGUUAUUUCUAAUUCUGUAUGCUCUUCCUAUGGAGUAACCCAAUUACUGUGUAUUUUAAAGCUGUAUGGUAUGAAGUUUGACUGUGGAAUGUAAGAAAAGCUAUAUUCGACAUCAUUUUUGGGCCACUGGUGCCUAUAUAAAUGUGCAUUUAAUAGGUUGUUAAAUUAUUGGAAGAGAUUUACUGUUAAUUGUUUAAUUCUGUUAUAAUACUGACACAGUUGGGUCAAAUUGUAAUAUUUGGUUCUAAAUUAUAUAAUUUUUAUACAAUUGGAAUAACAAGUGAAUAAGUAUUAGAUCUGAAAGUAACUAACAAAAUUAAACGUGAUUAUAAUUAUUGUAAUCAUGAAUUGGUUCCAGGUAGUGUGAUAUUUACAUGACCAUGAUUUAGGUUAAUCAAAAUACAAGACUUAAACUUGAAUUUUUGCACUAUUAUAACUAACUAUAAGAAGUAUACUAAUAACAUUAUAAUUCAACAUAUUUUUAUUUAGUAGAUUAUUACAUCCUAGACGCGUCGAAGAAACUAACGACUUGUUGGCGUAAAAAAGAUGUUAUUCGCUGGUUAAGAUAAAUAGAUAAUUAAUUUAUUUACUUUAGCAUUCAUAAAUUGCCUUAACAGCAAAUAUUAAUUGCCUCUGGUUUUCAGAUUGUGAAUGUCUUAUCGAAUAAAAUAAUAACUUUAUUAAAA